AUAGAAAGCUUCGCUUUAAAAAGCGCGCGCCUUAUACAUUCGUCAUCAUGCGGCACGUGUGUUCGCUGACGUGCGGAUCCGGUCGUCGGCUCCAACCUGCCCUAUCAAGGGCACAACGCCUUAUCGGCUAGCGCCCGCCUAUCGGUUUCCUCCGUCGAGUGAGAGCGAAGCGACCAGACGUACACCUCGGCACCGAACGGUGCUAGUACAGCAGACGCCGAUGCGUGCAUCAUAAGCAGUUACAAAAAUUGGUCCUCGUGUUGACGCAUUCGUCGGCCGGGCCAUCGUUUUUUUCCGCGCGUGGUUUUGUAACGCGUAUACGCGGCAGAAGCCGAAGUUGGUGCGAGUCGUCCCAGUCGGACAGCAGCGGAAAAAUACAUGCGGCGCAUCCUCGCGUUUGUGAGCCGUCUGGCGUCUUUCGUCUUCGGCUGGCUUCCGGUCGGCCGCGAACGACUCGCGGGCGAUGGCCGUCGGGUGCUGGUGAGCGGCUGCGACUCCGGCAUCGGCCUGAGGCUCGCGCAGAGGCUUCACGACGCCGGCUAUCGGGUGCUGGCGGGCUGUCUCAACAUCGACAGCGCGGGCGCCCGGCACCUGACGACGCUGUGCGACGGCGAGUGUCCGGUGCAGGUGCUGCAGCUGGACGUCACCAGUGACCAGAGCGUUCAACGGGCUCUCAUCCAGGGACAGGUGAAGGAAAAAGGGCUGUGGGGGCUGGUGAACAACGCGGGAGUGUGCGUGCUCGGCGAGUUCGAGUGGAUGACACCGGAGCAGGUGGAGCGCACCAUGGCCGUCAACCUGCUGGGUACCCUGCGGCUCACCAAGUCCUGCCUGCCCUUCAUCCGACGGAGCAAAGGGCGGGUGGUGAGCCUGAGCACCGUGGUGUCGGCGUCGCCGGGCUUCCCCUGCAUGGCCGCCUACUACGCCAGCAAGACUGCCGUCGAGUCAUUUAGCCGCUGCUUGCGGCUCGAGUUGGCCCGGCACGGAGCGCACGCGAUCGUCGUCCGGCCCGGCGACCUGGUCAAGCACACAGCGCUCUUGGACCGCCAGGCCGACGACAACCAGGCUAUGUGGGAAUCGAUGGACGAGGAGCAGCGUUUAACUCACGGACUCCACCUGGCGGGCUUCGUGCGCGGCUGGCGGUCGCAGCAGGGCGCGCUGUCUCCAGGUCGGCUCGAAGACAGCCCCCUGUUCGGCCACAUCGAGCAUGCGCUGGGCUCCCGGCGCCCCAGCGCCCUCUACGUGAGCGACCGUGGCCUGUGGCCGCUGUUCCUGCGCGCGCUGGCCCUGCUGCCCACGGCGGUGUCGGACGCGCUUGGGGCGCUCUACUACAUCUUCCUCCGGCGUCUCGGCGGCGACGGAGGACCCUCAGCUUAGGAUAUGCGCGUGUCUGUAUUUUGCACUGUAUCGCUGUUGUGGUCAGUUUUGGAGAGAGAGAGGUAAAAAAAAAAAAAAAAAAACGUUUUUCUACAUCGGCAAAAAGUUGGGAAGAUAUUUUCGGUGUUUCGUCGGACUCCUACCGUAUUGGAGUGGCCGAUAUCCCGACGUGAGACUCCUCUAGGUGCACGGAAACGUUUGAGCACCUGUUGUGUAUACUUGUCCUCGCUACGACGUCCAACGCCUCUCUCUCCGGAGAACUGUAACCCGGUUGGACUGGAGAAGAUUUUCUGAGUCAAAGAUACUCGGACCGUGGCCAAAUCUUUCGGUAACGCAAAAAGCUCUCCACCUGUGCAUAGUCAUGUGCAUCCUCCCGCGAGCACCCAUUGCUCACUAUCUCUCUUUUCCUAUAUAUCUCCCCCCCUCCCCUUCCAUUACCCACUGUGUAGGGUAGCAAACCGAACGCUCGUCCAGUUGACCUGCCUGGCUUUCCUCUUCUUGAUUUCUCUCUUGUCGGGCAGUAUCGCUCUGUCACCGAGGCUGCACUAUCGACAAUGUCUUGAAGAGCGAGUUUGUGUGGGGGC